GAUAUUUAUAUACAUAGAGGAAAAGGAAAAUGGCGAGGAUAAUUCCGAUGGCGUCGUCGAUUAAACCCUCACUCUCGUCGCCGCCGGGUUUCGCUCGGCGCCCCCGCGCCGGCGUUCCUGUAUUCAAUUCUUUUCAUCGUAGACUCACUCUGUUUCAUCUCGCAAGUGCGGUGCCACAGUUGCAGUCAUUUGGGCUUUGGGCUUCAAAGUUUAUCAAAGGUGAGAGUGGCGGCAUAUCGCUUAGUGCUGCAGAAAGCGCAGCACAAGCAAGUACUGCUAUCCCACAGGAAAACGCUUUGGAUUGGGUUAAAAAAGACAAGCGGAGGAUGUUACAUGUUGUUUAUCGUGUUGGUGACAUGGACAAGACUAUAAAAUUCUACACGGAGUGUCUCGGGAUGAAACUGCUUAGGAAGCGUGACAUACCGGAAGAAAAAUAUACAAACGCCUUUCUUGGCUAUGGGCCGGAAGAUUCUCAUUUCGUGAUUGAACUCACCUAUAAUUAUGGGGUUGACAAAUAUGAUAUUGGAGCUGGAUUUGGCCAUUUUGGAAUUGCAGUGGAUGAUGUUGUGAAGACUGUAGAUCUCAUUAAAGCUAAAGGUGGUAAAGUUACGCGAGAACCUGGACCUGUCAAAGGUGGCAAAACCGUUAUUGCAUUUGUUGAAGAUCCUGAUGGUUAUAAGUUCGAACUUCUGGAGAGGGGUCCCACACCUGAGCCGUUUUGUCAAGUAAUGCUUCGAGUAGGAGAUCUUGAUCGAGCUAUUGAAUUCUACGAGAAGGCUUAUGGCAUGGAGCUUCUUCGCAAGAGAGACAAUCCCGAGUACAAGUAUACAAUAGCUAUGAUGGGCUAUGGUCCUGAAGACAAAAGUGCCGUAAUGGAGCUGACAUACAAUUACGGUGUCACGGAAUACGACAAAGGCAAUGCUUAUGCUCAGAUGGCAAUAGGGACAGACGACGUUUAUAAAACUGCUGAAGCAAUUAAGCUUUCCGGUGGAAAGAUCACCCGAGAACCUGGCCCUCUACCUGGCCUUAACACCAAGAUCACUGCAUGCCUUGAUCCUGAUGGUUGGAAAACGGUUUUUGUCGAUAACAUUGAUUUUCUCAAGGAACUGGAAUAAGCUCUGUGUAAAAAUUGUCCUCACGGAAAACUCUGAAAUACAAAACUGUGCUGCCUAGAGAGGAAGUCCCGAAUUGUAUUCGAUUAUGUUUUGUAGAUUCGAAGUACAGAAUAAUAUCGAAGCCAUACGACCGUUAGAAGGCCGGUCUGUAACAGUUACCGUCAAAACGGAAUAAAUCUAGUUAUUAUUUCUCCGUUCGUCCAAGUGUGCAGAAAAAGUAUUACUGGGGAAUCAACCUAUAUAUGUAGACUUUCCACAUACAUUUGUCAAUCAACCUAGUUUAUUUAUUUUUUAUAAA